AUGGUAAUUGAUCUACUUCUCUAUCUCGCUUUUGCUAUUUCUAUUUGUUCUCUCACUCACAAUUCUCUUAGAUCUGUUGUUGAUUUUUUCAAAGGGAAGGUCACAAUGGCUGAUCAGAUUCAACACCCUUCUGUUAUGCAUAAAGUAGCUGGCCAGUUCUUUCGUUCCAAUGUUUCCCAAGAUUUUGGUUGUGAUGGGGCUUUCCAGAGGCCUGCCCUAUACCAAAGGCAUGCUUAUGGCAACUACUCUAAUCCUGCUUUCCAGUACCCCAUGGGACGGGCUUGUGCAGCAACUGCUGACUUAUCUAUGGUUCCAUCAACUGCUUCAUCUGUUCUUGUUCAAGCCCCCACAGAAAAAGGCUUUACCGGCUUUGCGAUUGAUUUUCUUAUGGGUGGAGUCUCUGCUGCUGUAUCCAAAACUGCCGCCGCUCCCAUUGAGCGUGUUAAGCUUUUGAUUCAAAACCAGGAUGAAAUGAUUAAAUCUGGCAGGCUCUCUGAACCCUACAAGGGCAUUGGUGAUUGCUUUAAGCGGACAGUUCGGGAUGAAGGGUUUGGUUCAUUGUGGAGAGGGAACACUGCCAAUGUCAUCCGUUAUUUCCCUACUCAGGCCUUGAACUUUGCAUUCAAGGAUUACUUCAAGAGGCUCUUCAACUUUAAGAAAGACAGAGAUGGCUACUGGAAGUGGUUUGCUGGAAACUUGGCCUCAGGAGGUGCAGCUGGUGCUUCUUCCCUUCUCUUUGUCUAUUCCUUGGAUUAUGCUCGAACCCGUUUGGCCAAUGAUGCCAAGGCUGCGAAGAAGGGAGGAGAGAGGCAGUUCAAUGGGCUCAUUGAUGUCUACAAAAAGACAUUGGCUUCUGAUGGUAUCGCUGGGCUUUACCGUGGAUUUAACAUUUCUUGUGUUGGAAUCAUUGUCUAUCGUGGUCUCUAUUUUGGAAUGUAUGACUCCUUGAAGCCUGUGCUUCUUACUGGAGACUUGCAGGAUAGUUUCUUUGCCAGCUUUGCCCUAGGUUGGCUCAUCACCAAUGGUGCUGGUCUUGCUUCCUACCCCAUUGACACUGUUCGCAGAAGAAUGAUGAUGACCUCUGGUGAAGCUGUCAAGUACAAAAGCUCACUUGAUGCUUUCACUCAGAUUUUGAAGAAUGAGGGUGCUAAGUCUCUCUUCAAGGGCGCUGGAGCAAACAUCCUCCGUGCCAUUGCUGGUGCUGGUGUGCUUGCUGGUUACGACAAGUUGCAGCUGAUUGUAUUCGGCAAGAAGUACGGGUCCGGUGGUGCUUAA